AUGGCACAAUUCAGGGCCUUUCUUCUCAUAAUUCUCUUUAUCUGCUCCUUCACAAGCGCAAUGGCAGCCUACAACAUUGCAGAUUUUGGCGCCAAACCCGACGGUCAAACCGACUCGGCUAAGCCAUUGCUCAAUGCAUGGGCUGCUGCUUGUGGUUCCAACGAGCCUGCAACUAUCAUUGUGCCCACUGGCAGGUUUCUCCUUAGCCAGGCCCUCUUCCAGGGGCCAUGCAAGAACAGCAAUAUAAGGAUCUUUAUCAGUGGGACUAUUGUGGCUCCCUCUGGCUAUGGUUCUAACACAGCAUGGAUAGCAUUCAACUAUGUCCAAGGCUUAUCCAUCUUCGGUGGGACACUCGACGGGCAAGGGCAGUCUUUCUGGGCCUGCAAGUUGGCUGGCCAGAGCUGUCCAAAUGGCGCCACGGGACUCUCGAUCGCCGAAUCGAAGAACAUCCUGAUCAGUGGCCUGACAAUGAUGAACAGUGAACUCUUCCACAUCUCAAUCUUUGGCAGCUCCGGUGUGACAGUUCAGGGCGCCAAGAUCACCGCCCCAGAAAACAGCCCGAACACUGAUGGCAUCCACAUCCAGAAGUCGAGCUUCAUAACCAUCAGUGGAAGCAGCAUCCAGACCGGCGACGACUGCAUUUCCAUGGGCGAAGGUGCUACUAAUGUCUGGAUCGAGAGGAUCAAGUGUGGCCCGGGUCACGGCAUCAGCAUUGGAAGCUUAGGGGGUACGCCGCAGGAAGAUGGUGUGCAGAACAUUACAGUGAAAUCGGUGGUGUUCACAGGGACGCAGAAUGGGGUAAGGAUCAAGACAUGGGGAAAGCCUUAUACUGGGUUCGUUAAGGGGGUCAGGUUUCAGUAUGUCAUCAUGCAGAAUGUCCAAAAUCCUGUAGUCAUUGAUCAGAACUACUGCCCUGACAACAAGAACUGCCCGGGCCAGAGCUCGGGAAUUCAGAUCAGUGAGGUGACGUUCAGUGACAUCCAUGGGUCAUCGGCGACCCAAGUGGCGGUGAAGUUCGAUUGCAGCCCGAGCAAUCCAUGCAGUGGAAUUGUGUUGCAGAACAUAAAUCUUAAUUACUUAAACAACCAGGCACAGUCCUACUGUAGGAAUGUGCAUGGGAGCACAUCUGGCUUCGUUAUUCCUCCAAGUUGCCUCUGAUUUUUAUUGGAUUAGUAUAAGAGUAGAAGUUGAUGCUGGUGGCCGGCCGCUGAGCGCAGGAUAGAAUGCGUCGAAGAGGGAGCUGGGGAGAUCCUGGAAUAGCAAGGUUGGGUCCCGUUUCAGUAUUAGUGGGAGGGUUCCCUAUUGGACCAAAUUCUAUUAUUUCAUGUAUACCUAUUGAUCAUGUAAAGGUUUGGUGUUUGGAUAA